AUGAGUCUAGCCCCCAAAGAAUUGUCGAAUCUGCUGAGCAUCAUCUCGGAAGAGGCGUGCACCAACACUUUUGAAAGUUUGUCCACACAUUUCCAUCAUUACUUCGGGAAGGGGGAGCACUUCAGAGUGGGCUCCGUGUUGGUGAUGCUUCUCCAGCAGCCGGACCUCCUGCCCAGCUCCGCCCAGAGGCUCACGGCGCUCUAUCUGCUGUGGGAGAUGUACCGUACGGAGCCCAUGGCCGCUAACCCGUUCGCCGCGGUGUUUGCACAUCUGCUCAACCCUGCACCGCAUGGAGAGGAACACGAGAAGGUCCUGUCAGGCUUCCUGCCGCCCAUCACGCAGGCAGAGAAGUUCUUCCUGUCGCAGCUGAUGCUGGCUCCUCCUCGGGAUCUGUUCAAGAAGACUCCGCGGCAGGUGUCGUGUUUGGACGUGGGCUCGGCGCCUCAGAGCAUCGACAUCAGUGGGCUCCAGCUCGCUCUGGCAGAGCGGCAGUCGGAGCUGCCCACUCAGAGCAAAGCCAGUUUCCCCAGUGUCCUGAACGACCCCGAUCCAGACUCCUCCAACUCCGGCUUCGACAGCUCGGUAGCCAAUCAGAUCAUCGAGUCCCUGGUGACCGGACCACGCCCCCCCCUGGAGAGUCACUUCCGCCCUGAGCUGAUCCGCCCUGCGCCUCCUCUGCACCUGUGUGAAGACGAGCUCUCCUGGUUGAACCCCACAGAGCCAGAGCACAGUGUGCAGUGGGACCGUUCCAUGUGUGUGAAGAACAGCACUGGGCUGGAGAUCAAACGCAUCAUGGCCAAAGCCUUCAAGAGCCCGCUGUCCGCCCAGCAGCAGUCCCAGUUGCUGCUGGAGCUGGAGAAGGACCCUAAGCUGGUGUACCACAUCGGUCUGUCCCCCUCUAAGCUCCCAGACCUGGUGGAGAACAACCCUCUGGUGGCCAUUGAGAUGCUGCUGAAGCUGAUGCCCAGCAGCCAGAUCACAGAGUACUUCUCUGUCCUCGUCAACAUGGACAUGUCUCUGCACAGCAUGGAGGUGGUCAACAGACUCACGACGGCGGUGGAUCUGCCUCCAGAGUUCAUUCAUCUCUACAUCUCCAACUGCAUCUCCACGUGUGAGCAGAUCAAGGACAAAUACAUGCAGAAUCGCUUGGUGCGGCUGGUGUGCGUCUUCCUCCAGUCUCUGAUCCGUAACAAGAUCAUAAACGUCCAGGAUUUGUUCAUCGAGGUCCAGGCCUUCUGCAUCGAGUUCAGCCGCAUCAGGGAGGCAGCCGGCCUCUUCAGGCUCCUCAAGACGCUGGACACUGGGGAGACGCCAGCAGACGCCAAGAUCACCAAGACAUGA